UCUUCUAUCUCUUUCGCUAUCCCGCAAUGAAGUGCUUUCGCUAUUUCAAGGACAAGUUUAGAAGCAAGGGGCAAAGAUCAGCCCCAGAUUCGAAAGAAGAAAGAACAUCCAAGGGAUAUUCAGGGACUGAUCGGACCAUAAAGUCAUCAUUCCUAGCAGAGCCUCCACGGAGAUUGACCUCAGCAAAAGCACACAGUUUGAGGGUCUUCUCUUUCUCUGAGCUUAAAGAAGCCACCCGUAAUUUCAAUCCGCGACUUAAGAUUGGCGAAGGAGUCUAUGGGAGCGUCUACAAAGGUACAAUCAAGCCUGCUGAUGGGAAGGGAGAGCCUUUAGUGGUAGCUAUUAAGAACCUUAAAGAGAAAGGUCUUCAGGGAAAUUGGGAAUGGUUGGCGGAAGUUCAUUUUCUCCCAGUUCUCGAGCAUCCGAAUGUCAUCAAACUCAUUGGAUGCUGUGUUGUCGAUGGAGAAAGAGGCUUCCAUCGUCUUUUGGUGCACGAGUUUAUGCAAAAUAAGAGCUUAGCAGAUCAUCUUUUCAAUCACGACUUCCCACCUCUUUCUUGGAAAACUAGAUUACGAAUAAUACUUGGAGCGGCACAAGCAUUAGCAUACCUGCACGAGGGUUCCGAAGUCCAGGUCAUAUAUCGAAGUUUCAAUCCCUCCGAUGUGUUAUUGGAUGAGAAGUUCAAUCCAAAGCUUUCGGACUUCGGGUUGGCAAGGGAGGGGCCAAUGGCUGGGUUUACGCAUCUUUCAACAAAAAUUAUGGAGACUUUUGGUUAUGCUGCUCCUGAAUACAUAUUGACCGGACAUGUAUCAUAUAAGAGUGAUGUAUGGAGUUUUGGUGUGUUGUUAUAUGGGAUACUUUCAGGCAGGCGGGCCAUAGAAAGAAGCCGCCCAGCGUCUGAGCGGAAGCUAUUGGAAUGGGUGAAACGGUUCCGUGCUAGCCGUAAAAGGUUUGGAUUUAUAAUGGAUCCUCGACUUGAAAAUCAGUAUUCCAUUGGUGCAGCUCGUGAAAUUGGUAAGUUGGCAGAUACUUGUUUAUCAAGAAGUCCCGAGGAUCGGCCCAAGAUGAGUGAGGUGGUGAAAAGAUUGAAGCACAUAAUCCAAGUUCCAGAGGAAGGAGGCACCGAGAAAAUGAGGAAUCAUCCCGAGGGAAGCAUCCAAAAUAAAGACACAAAUGAGUUACAGGCCAUUAAAUAUGCACUGGUGAGCUUGAUGAAAGGCUGAAAGGAA